GAAAGAAAAAAAAUCAACAUUUUUGUAAUUUAUUAACAAAUUUACAAAAAUUUAUAUUUAAUUACUUUCGAUUACAACUUUACCAAACAUCAAACACUUACAAACCAUCAAUAUGAAAUUCUUAAUGAUUGUUUUUGCCAUCUGCGCUUCAUUGGUUUUGGUGGCUGGCCAAAAUUUCUUGUUCGGCCAACUGCCCAACAGACAAAUCAAUUUCAAUACACUUGAUUUCCCCCAGCCCACACAAGUGAGAGAUCCUAGACAAAAUAGAGGACCCGUUGUCUUCCCCCCAUCUCCCCCAGACGCAAUUGAUGAAUCCAGUGGCGUGAUUGUAGGAGCCUCAGGUUACGGUUUUGUACCUCCCCAACAAACAAAUAGAGGUUAAAACUAAAAACAAAAACAUGUUAACCACAUACACUCACACACACAAGCAUACAUCUUUACUACAUAGAAAAACAACACCUUCGCAAAAGCAUCCAUUUUAAAUGUAACGGAUUAUUAAUCGCCAUUUUAGAGUUACCAACACUACUACCACUACUGCAUAAGCAUAUUUACAUACAUAGUUAGUUACCCUUAUUUACUUACAUCUUACAAUGGAGUUUAAAAAGCGCGCCAUGUACCAUUUAAAUAUUUAUUUCUUUAAACAAUAAAAUCUUAUAAAUACUAAACAUUAGAGUAAAUUCCACCACCACCCAUUCAAUUUAUAUUGUUUUAAAUUAUUUAAUUUUUCUAUUAUAUUGUAUUAAAAACUCGAUUCAAUUUGUUUAAUAAUAAAUUUUAUAAUACAUAA